ACACAGUGAGAAGUGUGCAAUGGCAGCUCCGACUGCAGUAUUGUGUGCGAUGGUACUUGCAGGAAUGACAACAGCAUGUAUCGUAGGUAUUGACUGUGCAGGUGGUUACUAUGCCACAGUCGAGCCUGACUAUGUGAUAGCCUCUGAAGGGUAUCUUGUUAACUUUACAUGCUCCACAAACCUCAAUGUCACUUAUCCCAAGUGGAGAAUCAAUGACAGAGUGUAUGAUGUUACAAAUCACCCACCUGAAAUAACUUUCGAGGGAAUGAGUAUAAAAUUUCGAAUACCUGUAACAAGUGCCCAGGUGCGGUGCUUCAUUUCAACAUUUCUGGACGGAAAACUUGUUGAUAUCUGCAGCAAUACUGCUACAACUCUUCUUCCAGAACGCACUCGUUUACGCAGGAAUUCUGAUUCUUUUCCUGAGUGUCAAAAAGAAAAUGUAACAAUCUCAAAUGAUAUGGAGGUGUCAAUGGUGCAUAUAAGCAUUGAGCAUGGAGGUGACUGCGAAGUAUCCUUAAAUUUUUCGAGAUGUUCUGAUCCGCAAUUUGAGGUUGAGGCAAACGCAAUGUCAGUUGGUAAUUCUAAUGUAAUGGUUGGAAUUGACUCCAUCGAGACAUUCUAUGGGCAUAAUGUUACUGUUACAAUGAAUGACAUAUGUGAUGGAUGUAGGGAAAGGUUUUACCUACCUGACAUGAAACCAACAGAAUAUACGUUCAUUACAAAGGGACGGAUAAUUGAUGACCUCUCCAAUGACUAUGGCUGUGACUUUGGUUCUCCAGUUAUUGAGUAUUCAAUAUGUAUAUACUCUGGAGAUUCUAAUGAUUGCUUCGCAAAUCCAUGUGGGAACGGUCAGAUCUUCACAUCACUUUGCAGUGGUAGCACUUCAAGUGAUGGAACAGUUGGUCUUGAAGUUGGGGAGGUUGAAAAUGGAACAGUGGUUUCUAUUUUCUGCCAGAGGACUGAUUGCAGGGGUUAUUUCAGUAAUGUUCUGCUAUUUAACAUUGGAAUAUUGACAUGUGAAGAUUGCAAUGAAAACGCUGACUGUAUAGAGGGACAGUGUGUGUGUAAGAGGGGUUAUACAGGAGAUGGAUUAUCAUGUGAAGGAGUACCACCUGAACCAAGUUCUCUGUACAUUUCCAUGGAGUGCAAUGUUCCAGUUAGUGAGGGUAGACCUGUUUACAUAAGCUGGACGAUUGGUGACAGAGAGGAGGAGACGAUGCAUCCAGAUGAAAAAGUAGUGGCAACAGUGAAUCUGACUCGUCUGGGAGAAACUCCUGGAGAAACUGUCUGCUCUGCUGUGACCACCACCAGUUGUAUGACUAACAUCACUGCAGAUGGCAACUAUACUGUAUCUCUCAUUCUCAGUAAUGGAUUUGGAUCAUCUGAGCCUAUAUCCUUUUCUUUUAACUCUACCGCAAUGAAGGUGGAGGCUAAUCUCGACAGAACUCCCCCCAGUGUAACUUUCACCAUCAAUGAGUACUGUGCUGAUAUGAGUAUCUACAAUGUCACUGUGUCUUUUGGACUGAGGGAGAAUGGCAGCAGUAACUGUGACUUCCAGCAAUAUAACAGAGUCAUCUUAAUGCCAGGGAUUCCAGUGACGUUGUAUACUUCAUUAAUGAUGAGUGACAGUCUGGAGUACUGCUUUAACACUACUGUUCAGGAGCCUCCUUCCGCUCCAUGUUCUGAGACUAUGUCCGUAGUAACUCUUGGUGUUGCAUUUGGAUUAACCUUUUUGUUACUCUUACCUCUUCUGUGUGUCGUCAUCUUCACCAUCAGGGAAAGGAAACAUAGGUGUUCUCUCAGUCCUUAUACAGAGCGAAACAAACCGCAGGCCAUACCCUUGGAGAGUAAGAAAGCUCAUUCGUCAAUGUGUCUACUGUGAA